GAGCAAUUUCAUAGGACAAUUCAAGUUCACUCUUACCCAUCUCGAUCUCGAUCGGCUUUGCUGCGCUCUGCGGCCAUAAAAUCCUGACAACUUUCCAAAAACCGAAAUCCCACGCCUCUCAGCUCUCUUGUCCUCUCUCUCUCUCCCUCCCCUUCCUGCUGCUUCUGCAUGAGUACGAUGCUCACUGAGCAAGUCUAAUUGUGUAAGCAAGUCUAAUUGUAAUGCCUGUGCACAUUUGACUAGGGAGACCUUCGUGUUUGAGGCUCUAGGAUGGCAACUCUUCCGCUGUCAAUCGCAAUACAGGCCUCCUGUUGUUUGAAUUGUGGAACCACUGAAUUGCCUAAGCUGACAGCUACGGAUCGUUAUGGACACAGGAACAACGGUGUUCAUGGUUAUGUGAAAUUGGGUACAGAAAGAAAUCUAGUUUUACGAGAAGUUGUGCAAAUUUUGAAGGAAAGGCCUCUAAGGGACCGUGAAUGGAAAGUGUAUGCUACAUCCAGAGUUUCUGUUGAGCCAGUGGAGCAAAGAGUCUCCACCGGUACUGAAACUGAAGAAGUAGGCAAGGUAUCAACUUAUCUAUUUAGGACAGACACUGGGGAUCCGGUAAAUGUCUUUGUUAGAAAGAGAAAUGCCAAAUACGCUGUGAAUAUCGAAGUUUCAUUGUUGCACCUGUCCAGAAGUGAUAGGAGACUAGUACUGAGUUGGGGAAUGUAUAGAGCUGAUUCAUCUAGUUUCGUGCCUUCGAAUUUCAGAAGUUCGACCCCAGCUGACAGAACUACUGCCCUUGAAACUCCAUUCACUGGGACUUCUUCUGGCAAGUUUACUCUCGAAUUGGAGUUUGAGGCUAAACAAAUCCCCUUCUACCUCUCGUUUGUUCUGAAAUCUCCCGCAGACGCUGAUUUGAGUGACUUGGAAAUAAGAAGCCAUAGGAAGACAAAUUUCUGUUUUCCAGUUGGUUUUGGUCGAGGCUGUCCUGCUCCAUUGGGUGUCUCUUUCUCUAAUGACGGUUCUAUGAACUUUGCCAUCUUUUCAAGAAAUGCAGAAAGUGUAGUUUUAUGCUUGUAUGCUGAGACCACAGCUGAAAAACCUGUGUUGGAGCUCGAUCUAGAUCCAUAUGUCAAUCGAUCAGGUGACAUCUGGCAUGCGUCAUUUGAAAAUGCAUGGGAUUUUGUGAGCUAUGGUUAUAGAUUUGAUGAAGGGAAUGUCUUGCUGGAUCCAUAUGCUAAGAUCAUUGCGAAAUCAGUUCCACAUGGGACAGGGUCGAAGUAUCUUGGAAGACUAUGUGAGGAACCUGCUUUUGAGUGGGCUGGUGAUGUUCGGCCUGACUUAACGCUGGAAAAACUAGUGGUUUAUCGGUUGAAUGUGAAACGUUUCACCAAACACAAGUCUAGUAAGCUACCAACUAACAUAGCAGGCACAUUUUCGGGUUUGACAGAGAAGUUGGAGCAUUUUAAAGCUCUUGGUGUGAAUGGUUUGUUAGAGCCGAUUUUCCCAUUUGAUGAGCAAAAGGGUCCAUAUUUUCCUGUCCAUUUCUUUUCACCAAUGAAUUGUUUCGGACCUCCUAGAGGGCCUGUAUCGGCUGUCAUUUCUAUGAAAGAGAUGGUGAAAAUUUUUCAUGCCGACGGAAUAGAGGUCCUACUGGAAGUUGUUUUCACCCACACCUCUGAGGGUGAAGCUAUGCAAGGAAUUGAUAUCUCAUCGUAUUAUCACGUAAACGGGGUUGAGGAUUUGGAAGCCAGAAAUGCUUUGAAUUGUAACUAUCCUGUUGUGCAACAAAUGGUAUUGGAUAGUCUUAAGUACUGGGUGACUGAGUUUCACGUUGAUGGCUUUUGUUUUAUAAAUGCAUCAUCUCUGUUGCGAGGGUCUAAUGGUGAAUACUUAUCUCGUCCGCCUUUGGUCGAAGCAAUUGCUUUUGAUCCUCUACUCUCGAAGACCAAGAUCAUCGCAGACUGUUGGGAUCCCCGUGGCUUGGUACCAAAGGAAACUCGCUUUCCUCACUGGAAGAGGUGGGCAGAAGUGAAUACGAAAUUCUCUAAUGAUGUGAGAAACUUUCUGAGGGGUGAGGGUCUUCUCAGUGACCUUGCUACACGGCUUUGUGGGAACGGGGACAUCGUCUCAGAUGGACGAGGGCCAGCAUCCUCUUUCAACUUUAUUUCCAGGAACUCCGGACUUUCUCUCGUGGACCUCGUUAGUUUCAGUGGUGUUGAGCUAGCUGCAGAACUGAGUUGCAAUUGUGGGGAAGAAGGGCCUACAAAUAAAACCGCUGUACUUGAAAGGCGACUUAAACAAAUUCGGAACUUUCUCUUUAUCUUGUUUGUUUCACUCGGCGUUCCUGUUCUUAACAUGGGAGAUGAGUACGGACAAUCUGCAGGUGGUUCCCCUGCAUACAGCGACAGAAAAGCUUUCGACUGGAACGCACUGGGAACAGGUUUUGCUACUCAAACCACACAAUUCAUCGCAUUUUUAAGUUCGUUUAGGAUAAGGCGGAGCGACCGACUUCAGAAGAGGAACUUCUUGAAAGAAGAAAAUAUAGACUGGUACGGGAGUGGUCAAUCUUCUCCCAAAUGGGAAGAUCCAUCCUGCAAAUUCCUUGCCAUGAAGUUGAAAGCAGACAAAGAGGAAGCGUACGAAUCAGGAGACGAUUCUUCCCCUUCAUGGGGUGACUUAUUUGUUGCCUUCAGUGCAGCUGAUCUAUCAGAAACUGUUAUUCUGCCUCCACUGCCGGAAGGUAUGGGAUGGUUCCAUUUGGUCGACACGGCUCUUCCAUUUCCAGGUUUUUUCUCAACUGACGGCGAGCCAGUUGCUGAACAACCGGCGGGUUUAUUUGCGUACGAAAUGAAGUCUCACAGUUGUGCUCUGUUUGAAGCCAGAAGCUUGUAGCUCCAGUAAAGUAGCACAUAGGGCACGGGCACGGGCACUGCUGUAAAUUCCAUGUAAAUUCAAGAGCCUUUUCCUGUAAUUUCAAUGCCAUUAAUUUUCGAUUAAAGCAAUAAAAUCAUUAAUUUUCAUUGAAUAA